GGAGGGGGACGGGGAAGAGCUUUCUCCGCAAGGUCAUCGCUUCUUUCGCCUGGGCUGCGGCUGUCGGAGAUUGGUUGCAAGGAGGAGCUGCCCACUGCUGUGCCUCUAUCCGUGUAGGGGCUUUUCAGCGGGAAACUGAAGGAGUGAAGCUGUCCACAGGCCGUAACUUGGCACACUUCCAUGGGGACUGUUCCAGAUCCUCUGAUACCUGCUAGGCUUUCGUUGGUUGCCGCUCCAGAGGAGAAAAAUGGCCUGAGAGAUUCACAGUCUCCUAAACACCUGUGCAAGCAAGCAAGUGUGGAGACAAACAGUAAUGGUUUUCCUCUCACUGCCAAGGCACAACCUGCUGGGGAUCAUAUGCUUGACACCAGCUGUGCCACGGUAGCGGAUGAGUCAAAGGAUGAGCAGCACGGUGGGCAUGACACUAACCAACCAAGCAUGUUUUCUCCUGGAUCUUUUAGCCCAUCCGAAGAAGGCCAUCUGGCUAUUCUGGAGUCUGCAAGUAACUCUGAACAGGAAGGCAGUAAGGGUUCCAGAAUCCAGGCUGUAGCGGAAGGCUGUACUCCGGUGCAGCCAGCAGUCAAGGGGCUCGCUACUCAGGAAGCCAAUGAGAUUGUGCAGAGUGGCGACAGAGGGCAAUUCUGUAGAGCCACGGAUAAGGCAAAUUCCACCCCCAGAGAUGGUGUCGAGGGCAGUGAAGCUACCCAGGGUUGUAUUUCUCCAUGCCUUCAGUCUACUGCUCAUCAGGCUUCUCCAGUAGUGAAAGAAACUGUAGGUGAAAAGACUGGUCCUGAGAGAAUCCAUCUGUUAGUGAAGGAGUCUGCUGUUCCUGAUCUUGGGGUCCAGCCCCCUGUUUGCUUGGGUUCAGAGCCAAUGGAUCGAAAGGAUGCAAGUCCCCAUCUCGGUGCUGAGGCUAUGCCGGGAAAGGUCCUUCAACCCCACCUUGAGAGCACACCAGAGCCUCCGGGCAAGACAGAGACUGAAGAAAAGGCAGUGUCACCGCUUUCAAAAUUCAAAGACACGGGUACCAUGACAGUGCAGAUGGAUCCCAGGUCUGCGGCUGGGGAGGUAGUGCGCAAGGACCGUCAAGAUGCUGAGGUCCAGGCUGUGGUCAGUGUGGAGAACAAAUCUGCUUCCACCAGCCCCACGAUCUUGGCGGCGUUCUUAACGGAGAAUAUGCAUCCUGGGACAAAACAGCAAGAGCCGUUGCACGUUAUUUAUACAGGAGCUGGUGGGAAGGAACCAUCUGACAUCGUGGACGGUUUUGCACCUCUGCUCCAAAUAGCUCCCCCUGUGGGCAUUAUGCCAGAAGUGCAUAUUCAGGCAACAGCCACGGUAGAUACAUCAGGAACACAGAGUGUCAGGCUACAAAGUGACCCAGUGGGAAUGCAUGAUACCGUCUCCUCAGCUUUGUCAGGCAGCGGGAAGCACCCGUGCUCGCUGACCUCCUGUCGCACUCAAGAUACAUCAGUCAGCAGGACAGAAGCACAAAAGGCCACUGCAGCUAGCAAUUAUGGUGAUGUUUCCCAGCAACCGUCAGAUGUUUCGGUCUUGUUGAAGACCAGACCUGUUUACCAGAUUACUGUCAACAGCAGCAGUCAGUCCGUGGCUCCUCUGCAAUCUGUGAACGUCGAAACCAAGCUACCUCCCUCGGCCAUUCUCUCUGAAUUUGAUAGCAAACAUCAGGAUCCUGAGCCCUGUGUCGCAGGAAAUCGCCAGGCAUCUCCAUCUUGCCACCGGCUAUCUGGACAGGCCAUAUGCACUGUUAUUGGCACUCAUGAUAGCAAGCGAGGGCAUCACUUGCAGAUCCAGACUGUUGGUGAUCCUGCAGCUGGUGCAAGGAGUUCCCACGUGGAUGUAAAACCAAAGAGGGAAGAAAAGUUCAUCCCUCUUUGUCCGAAAGAGCAGGAGAUUAGUAAAGCAGAAGCAACUGCUGGGCCCCAGGUAGGAUGUAGUCCUGGUGCAGGGAAGAGAGAACAGCAUAAACUUACAGAGCAUAACAAAGAGGCAAAACUGUCCGGCAGUCAGGGACUGACAGCCGGUCUGGAGUCCGAGUCACGUAGAAGCCCCGUCCCUGGGAGAGGACUUCGAGUUGCCAAAGGCAGUGACGUUACAAAGGAAGCCAAACUUGAUAAAACGAUGGCACCUGCUCAGCACAGAUUCAAUCUUAGUGGAAAUAAGAAUGAGUCCAGGCCAGCCACUGAGGCCAAAGUGCAGCUCAAGCAGUCUAAACGUGUCAGGGAUGUCGUGUGGGACGAACAAGGUAUGACCUGGGAAGUUUAUGGGGCUUCUCUCGACCCAGAAUCCUUGGGGAUCGCUAUCCAGAACCACUUGCAGAGGCAGAUCAGAGAACACGAGAAACUGAUUAAAUCCCAGAACACCCAGAACCGGAAAUCCAUUUCUUCAGAUACAUCGUCAAAUAAAAAACUGAAGGGAAGGCAACACAAUGUUUUCCAGUCCAUGCUGCAGAAUUUCCGACGACCUAAUUGCUGUGUCCGCCCCACGGCUUCUUCUGUGUUGGACUGAAUGGGGAAUGUGGGUGGGAAGGUGGUGUUCGUUCAUUUGUAUCCAUUUUAUAUGUGCGUGCACAGAAAAUCCAUGGCAAAUGAGCACUGAAGUCCAGCUGUGUUGCUUGAGAUUCUGAUACAGCACCCGGGGUUGAGGUGGUAAUGACAACUGAUGAUGCCACCUGUAGUCAUUGCCUCUUAUCUGUCUUUAUUCUGGCAUCGGCACACACAGCUUUUGCUUUAACAUUGAAGUCCUUGGCCACAGUCUGUUGCCAAAUGAAAAGAGAAGUACUCAAUGAAGCACAAAUUAAAAUUGUCAGUAUACUACAGCAAUCCUGGUUGUUCUAGAGACAAAAGCAGGAGAAAGCGUUGGAACACACACACCCCUCCCCCUUUAAAGGUGGCUGUUGAAGUCCUAAUAGAAUCCUAUACAUAUUUUUAAAUAAUGUGAAUAAUUCAACAGUGCUUUGGUCAGUGUUGCAGACAUUCCCGAAAAUGGGGUAAGGAGGGAGGCAUAAAUUCAAUGGACUUGAAUUGGCGUCCAAAAAGUAAGAAAGUUGUUUUUUUCUUAAAUCCCUAAAUGCUUUGACAGAUUUUUAAAGGCCUCUAAGAGCAUAGAGGGGGGGGGAGAGAACGAUUGGUCCCUCUACAUUAUUCUGAUUGGCAGUGACUCUCGAGGGUCUCGGGCAGGGUAAAGUCUUUCCCAUCACCUGCUGCUUGAGAUCUGCCAGCUUUGGAGGUGCGUGGGACAUUCUGCGUGUUGUGCAGAUGCUGUCUUUGGCUGAGCCGCGGUCCCACCCUGUCUCCAUGAUACUUGCAAACUCUUUGUAUUCUAGUAGAACAUGGCUUGCUCUGAGAAGUAAAUAGCCCGCUCUGAGAAGGAUUGCCAAAGCCAGUCUGCUCGUCUCCCACAAUAAGAGGCUCAAAGAGGAAGUAAACCUUCCGGCCAGCGAGCCAGAACAUUACAGCAGCGUUGUGGCACAGGGCUUCAGUGUGGAUUCUGUUGGGGGCCUCUAGGAACCGUUGACAACUCUGCCAUCUUAAAGGUGCUUAGGUUUGGGAUGUGCAUGGGCCUUAGAAAUUCAACUCCCAACAAAUUUCAAUGGGUGCCGGAUUUCCUUUAUAUUUUUGGACUACUACAUGAGAUUUUUUGACUGUAAUUUCUUCAUUAAUGCAUUCAUGUGACUGAUAUUAAUAUUUGGGGGGGGAGUCUUUCAUUUGGUACUUCUGCACAGAAGUGAAGAACUUCCUUUUGCUUCUAAACACAGAGAAUUAUAAAGAUUAGGAAUGCUGUGAUUAGACUUCUGAAAUUACCAACAGACAUAGCAGAGGCACUGGGUUGGAUCCAAAUAGCUUGUCCCCUGGUGAAAAAGGGAAGAAGAAAGUUCCCUUUGACCACCAAAAAAGCUACACUGGAGAUCAUGGCACCUGUGUGGACAAAAACCCUGCAGGCUGGGGGCUGUAAUGAGGAGGGGAACUGGCUGAGAUUGAGUGAAAAAGCUGGCUGGAUCUGACCCACAGGUGCAAAGUCCAAGUGUGAAAUAGCUUUGUGUGGCUGCCAAACUUGGAUUUUUAAAAAGGUCAUUGGAGAUUCAAAUCAUCAUGCUGUGUUUUGUGAAGGUGUUGAUUAAUUUUUACACGGAACAAAUAACGUUCUCAUCUUGUGAGGGUAAAGUUUUAAUGUAUGUUCUAGAGCAAAGUUUCGAAAAGGGUCAAGUGGCCCUUCUUAAAGCGAUGCUGUGGAAAAUCCAAGAUAGUUGCUAGAAAAGAUACGUGCUGUUGUGUGAGUCAUCUCUCCAGACCAAGAGUCAAGGUGCUUCUCACCUAUCAUUUCCCAGUCAUUAAUAUAUCAGAAUUUGUGUCACACCUCUUAUGCCGAUUGCCAUCUGUCUUCUAUUUAUAGAUUUCUAGCGAGAAUCCCCCACCUCCCAAGGCAGUCUGUUCCACCACUGAACAGCUGUUACUAUUACAUUUCUCCCAUUAUUGAGCCAAAAUCUACUUUUACAUUUUUUUUCACCCAUUGCUUAGGGAUAUGCAGACCGAAUGGGCUCCCAUGUUGCUAACUCAUGGGUCAUUUGUUACAUGCUGCCGGGAUUGAGAAUGGUUUCUCUGAUACAGGGAGGCUCAGAGGCCCAGCUUGGAGAAUGUUUGCAUUCAUGUUAGCCUUUUUUUUAAAAAAAAAAUAAAUCUUAACUUCACUAUCCAUUUCUACAGAUUAAUAGGAGAAACCUGGUUGGAAGGGCUUGAGAAACUGCUUUUAUAACUGAGUAGAUCUGGUAACAAGAUUAAGAGAAAAAGAAUGAGGAAGGUAAAAAUGCAAACCACAGCUUCCAAUCUAGUCUUUAUCUGUUUUUUCUAAUUCAAGAGAGCAAAAGUCACAAUCCUGUUGAGUCAGGUGCAAGAUCAACAAUCUCCCUAGAUGGACCAAAGAGAUGUCUGCUCUGGAAUAAUUCUUGAUCGGAGUCAAGUGGUGCAUUUUCUUAAUUAUCCCAAUCGAAUUAGAUCAGAAUAGAAUGGAUUUCAGAGACACAAUUCACAAAUUGAUUCUGGAGAAUUUUUAGGGCCAAGCUUUGAAACCCUCUUCCCUCCAAAGCCAGGACUUCUGCCAUGUCAAUGAUCUCCUCCCUCUUAAAGUACUCCUUUCAUUUAUAUCCUGCUUUCCUUUUUACAUGGGGUAAGUUGUAAGGCAGAGGAAAGAGUGCUCAACAUGGGGUUGCUAUUUUCAGCAGCAGCCCUGUGCUGCUAGAAAAUGUGUUUCUGCCCUUGCAAUGCAAUAUUUGCCUUUGCUCUAGAGUUUAAAGAUGCUUCAGCUCUGCUAACAACAUUCUCUGGAACUGAUCAUCCUACUGUCUACCCGUUCCAGUUUUCCAUAUCUCCUCAUGCCUUCUAUCCUCUGCUAACUUUGAUUAAUUUGUCAGUGGGACAGAAGUGCUAACUGGCAUGGCUUGUACAGCCAGUAUUGGCUGCUCAGAAAAAAAUAUUUGUGAUAGUCCUUGGUGAAACGAGAAUAACGUGAAAAACCUGCCAGGAGGAUGAAAUGCAGAUGAUAAACAUAGUAGACAUGAAAUGCAGAUAAUAAGCAUAGUAGACAUACAGUACAAUCCUAAGCAGUUAUACCCAUGGUUUAGCAGGAUCUAACUCAGUUUAGGUUUACAAUGUAAGAUUUUCAAAGUUUCCUAUGGAAGAAGUCAACAGACUGUUUAAGCCACACUAUUCAGAUUUUAAAUGGGUUGAACACGAGAGAAGCGGGUGGGACUCAGCUACGAGGAACAGUGGAAUAUAAAUAUUUUAAUAAACUGGCAUAAACCAGAUGUUAGCACAUAGGAUGUCAGUGAUGGUUUGUCCUGUCGCACAAUAAAUGCCAUUCAGACUGCUAACCUGUCCAGGGCUUACUUGGAUGUCCGUGACAGUAAAGGCCAUUUAGUCUGUAGUAGUGCAAUAAGGUUUGAGUCCAGUAGUGCCAUAGAGACCAACACAUUUUUCCAAGGUGUAAGCUUUUUGUGAGUCAACAAAGUGAACUUGAUUCAUGAAAGUUUAUACCCUGAGAAUUUUUGUUGGCUUUUAAGGUGCUACUGGACUUGAAGGAAGACCUUAAAGCACAAUUUAAAGAUAAGCUGGCUGUAAAGGUCAGCAGGAGGUAAAGCAUGCAAGUAACUACUGAUGGAAUAAAUUGAUAAAAGUUUGGAAAUCUCUCCCUCUCACACACAAGUAAUGCCAAUAAGCCACCUCUGAAGUUUUGACAUGGUUCGUUAUUUCUUUCAUCAGCCGCUCCAUUUUCAAGCAAAUUGAUUUAUUUACUUCAUUUAUGUCCCACUUUUCUUUCCAAUGGGGAUCCAGAGUUGAUUAUAUCAUUCUCCUCUCCAUGUUAUUCUCACAACAACCCUGUGAAGUAGGUUGGGAUGUAAGAGUGUGGCUGGCUUCAGGACACCCAGCAAGCUUCAAUGGCAGAGCAGGGAUUCGAACCUGGGUCUCCCAGAUCUUAGUCUGACACUCUAGCCACUACACCACGCUGGCUAGGGGUGAGAUAGGAGGUUUGCUCAUGACUAGAGAGAGAAAGAGGCCAUCUCAUCCUUAAAGCCGGGACUGCUUUUUGGGAUGCAUAGGCAUUGUAACUCCUUAUGCCUCCCAAUUCAAUUAAAUGCCCUGGAAAGCAUAAGGGACUACAUGCUAUGCCAUUUCCAUGCACACCAGCAGUAGUCGACACAUCUGAGCAUGCCCAGGAACAUCUGGCUUAAAGGAUACUCCCUACAAAGCUUAUCUUUUGCUCUGCUUCCCGUCCACAUUCCCAGGAUCCCUCUCACCUUACAAAAGAAGUUUGCUUAGGAUGGGGGAGGAAGGUUAGGCGCAAAUUCCCCAGUGUUUGCUUUUGCUGGAUUUUGUCAGAAUAAAACUGCACGUACUGGAGCGUUUUCUGAGAAUUCUCCCAGUUAGUUUGGGAAAACUUGAUUAAUUAUAAGUAGAGCUUUUCCAUGACUACCUAAAAAGAGCUCAAUUUUAGCUGCUUUUUUUUUAAAAAAAGGUCUGAAAUCCCUCUUGUUGUCAGUGUAACAUCCCUGAAUGUGAGACAAGUUGUUUUCCCCUCCCUGUUCUCUUUUCAUGCUUGACGUUCUGGACGGUGCACAUAGCUGUGCAUUGGCUGGCAGCCAUUAGCAGUACUGCUGGGAUGCACUCAGAUGUGCACCUGACCACAGUUUGCUCUAUUGUUUGCCUUGCAGCAAAACAGAGUGUUUGGGGGGGGACAUGCAGCUCAUAGAAUAAUAAUGAUGGGAGGCAACUUCUGGGAAGGAGUGCCGUCCCUGCAAACUAUCUUUGAAAUGCUUGCUUUGGAAACCAUCCUUUAAAAAAAAAUUGUUCUCAAGCCUGCCAAAAAUCUUAGCUGUCACCUUCAUAUUUUGGACCGACGACAUCCACUUAUUUUGUGAAAAGGUUUAUAUGGCUCACCUUGGAAUUGUGCUCAUUGAGCUUCCCAAGGAUUCCAGCUAACUGGAGCUGCGUGACUGCAGACAGGGCUGCAAAAGAAAUCCAGUAGCGAAACAGACGGGAUACAAGUUUAGCCUAGUUUCAGGUGGGCAGCCAUGUUGGUCUGUAGAAGAAGAGCAAGAUUUGGCUCCAGUAGCACCUUAAAGGCCAAAUGGAUUUCCAAGGGAUGAGCUUUUGAGAGUCAGAGCUCCCUUUGUCAGAUAAGAGAAGUGGAAAGAGGAAGGACUCCUUCCUUUUUCCAGUCCUCGUAUCUGUGUUUAGCCUAGAAAGAAAAGAUUUCGGGCACAAUCCACCCCCAAGGGGAACAACCACCCACACAUGGAUGUUAUUUUAAAUUGUAUAUGGCCAAAGGCGGUCGCAAUACAAAGUUAAAAACAGUAAAAAUAGAAAUCUAUCUUACAAGCAUAAAAGAUAUUCCAAGUAAAGGACAGACAAGCUACACCUCCAUGGGGCGGGUGCAGGUGGGAAAUCAUGCUCUUUGGAAGUCUCUUGACCCCUUGCACAUGCCAGUAGCUAUGCCUGUGUGAGCAUGAACUGCAUCCUAAAACCACAGUCCAAAACCACUUUACCAUGUUUGACCAUAUAUGCGUAAAACAUAGAAGUGGUGGUGGUGGUUUUUUAAAUGCCAAUCACGCUAGCUUCUGAGUACUACUGCAUUUUUGAAAUUCUAACCAAUAGUUCAGCUUACAUCCAGCCCCCCCCCCCCCCCCGAGGAAGCUUGCAACACAAAUGUUUAGGAUUAAAGCUGCAUUGGAAAGCAUGACUACUUGGAAGUAAGAUGUGCCUCCCAGUUAGGGUGUUGUGUUAGUGUAAUUUGAAGAGUGCGUAACUGGAAAGUCAAUUCCAUUUCAAUGAGAUUGACAUCCAAGGCUGUGCAUUUAGGAUUGAGGUGCUAAUAGCCCCUUCUAUUCCUGGGGCUUGUGCUCAGAGUUUUGGCCAGAGAAAUAUUUCCUGGGGUGGAUAUGUGUCAUGCGGUACACUUUACCUUCAUAUUGUUGGGUCUGUAAGGAAUGCAGCCAGUAAAAAGGUAGUAUUGUCGAAGGCUUUCACGGCCGGAGAACGAUGGUGGUUGUGGGUUUUCCAGGCUGUAUUGCCGUGGU